AUGAAGAAAUAUCCAGAGCUAUCCGACCCGACCAUUGCUGUUGAGUAUCUUCAGUUCAGUUCCAGCGACCGCUAUCAAGACUCAGUCACAGUGACAUUCAAACGCUUAGAUUUGACUUAUGUAAAGGCACUGGGAAUUUUGAGAAUCAUUGACUUCUCAAACAAUAGAUUUCAAGGUAGUUUGCCUAAAAGCUUUGGGAACCUUACAGCGCUCCAGAUGCUAAACAUUUCACACAAUAAUUUCACAGGACCAAUUCCAUCAGAGCUUGGAAACUUGGUUCAAUUAGAAGAAUUGGAUCUCUCUUGCAACCAAUUCUCAGAGGAGAUUCCAGAAUCUUUGGUUUUCCUGCACUUUCUAUCCUUCUUGGACCUUUCAAAUAACAAGCUAGUGGGAAGAAUACCACUGGACAGUCAGUUCUCUACAUUUUCAAAUACUUCUUUUGAGGGUAAUACAGGAUUAUGUGGGAGCCCAUUAUCCAAGCAAUGUGCUGAUUCUAGUCCACCUUCUCCUACUUUUCUAUUCUCCGAGUCUGACCAUGAGCCAAAUUGGCUGUUUAUAUUUGUAGAAUUGGGAUUCAUAGUAGGCUUAGCCAUAGUGUUUGGAUCUCUGAUGCUGUGGAGAAGUUGGAGAACAUGGUAUUUUGACAGAGUUGAUCGGUUACUUGGCUAUCAUCAUUCUUAA